GCAACUGGACGUUUCCAGUACAUAUUUGGCGUCAUGGACUGCCUUGAACUGAAUAUACACCAGAGGAUCCUUUCCGACAUUGCUUCAAAUGUCUCUGAGGCGGAAGAUGACUUGUCCUAUGCGCAGGACAUCAUAACAUCCAAAGUUCAGACAAGGGCUGACCCCACCGAAGCCCUCCUGGUGAACGGUAAUGGGACUGCAGACCCAGAAGAUGAAGGCGGAGAGCCGAGGGUUUUCAUGUCAGCCUCACGAGUUCGUUGCAACAUUGCUUUCGGCGAGCUCGUCGUCAACUUUCCCCAAGUCCACAUCGACAAUGCCAUCGAUACCCUAAUGCCGGCGCUCAUCGAUGUGUUGCGGGAUGUCCCUUAUAUCGACUUUGACAAGUGCCUCUCCUGGGAAGAAUGGGCACUCCCUGAUCAACUCGUCUUUUCCACCGUUUCCGCUUUGCUCAGAAUAUCAACAUCCCAUGCCAAGUACAGCGAAGCAGCGACCAACGCUAUCUUCUCCUUCAUAUCACACAUUGUAGAGGAGAUUGCCACUUCCAGCGCGCUCGACAUCUUGACACAGCUGACCCCCGCUUUACACGGUCUAUACCGUGCCAUCAGCUCAACCUCCUUCCAAUGGACCAUCACCCAAUGGCGUGAGCUCUGCCACCAGCUUGCCGGUUUGGGCGUACCAGAUGUUGUUGACCGACUCAACCAUCUACUCGCGGACAUCCUGCAGAAAGAGCAAACAGAUUUGGAAACGCUUCAUUACGUGCAGACAUUUGUCUCGCGUUAUGUUUCGCGCGGCCGGCCUCUCAGCGGCUAUUUCAUUGUUUGUUGCGUCAUCGAGACCAACUGGACCGUCCUUGCCCAAGUUCUCGUGCCUCCAGAAUCGUCGCGGCAAGGUCCGUUCAGUGAGGCCGCGGCAGCGAACAAGGCGUGGGUCGCACUUACGCGCCAUGCUGCUUCCGAGCUCGAUAUCAAGGACCUCGAGAUUGAAGACACCCUACGCAAGACCGUGGAGUACUCUAUGAAAUGCUUCGGAGACUUGUAUGUCCAGAUUCAAGAGAUGGAUUCAGAGCCAUCUUUGGACACCUACGCAUACGAAACAAUGUCCGAGAGUUUGAAACUGGCCUCGAUUUGCUCAAUAGCAAUCAACAAACUCGACGAAGCUUUGUACUCUCGAUUGCUCCUCCUCUUGAGCGACCAGUCUCCAAUUUCUGACAACCUCGUGCAAGAAGCGGCGCUCAAGGCAACGAUCGUCUUGGUGCACAAUUUCCCAGACAUUGCGGGAAAUAUGGCAGCACAUCUUCGCCGCUUUGUGACAUCGCCUCUGCCUAUAUUCGAAUUCGAGUUUGCCUCAGAAACGCGCGCCCCUCCACCACUUGCUGCCGCAGCGAAAUGUCUUGCUGCCUGCAUCAAACUGGCCCCAGGGGACGACCUCAUCAUGUCCAACAUGUAUUCGCUGCUCAACUACAUUGCUGCCACGAGUAAGGAGAUCUUCGAGAGCUCCAGUAGCUCCCAGUUAAUGAGCAAUCCGUUAUAUAAUGGUCAAGACCAUGCUACUAUUCAAUCAGUGGAGACUGGCCUACGCGGACUAUCCGAAGAAGAGAAGCGUCUCAUUGGAAUCAGCACUAUCUCUGUCGUUACUCGACUUGCGUUGGAGUUCAAGAUGGAGGAGGUCACGCGACUAACGAUUUCGAUGCUUCUGCAAAGGCUGCGCUCAGCGGAGCCGACUGUUGAGGCGGCCAUUGCCUAUAACUUGGUCGAUCUGGCGUUGUCUGCCCCAGAAAGUGCUUUUAUCGACAUCAUUCGGGUAUUCUCGGUCAUCAACCGAUCAGCUAACCCGGAUGAUCCGAGGUUCUCCAAUAACAUGGUGCUGGCAGCACAAACAAGGCUCGCUCAAGAACUCGAUCGCCGACCUGAGCUCUACGAGAUAUACCUCGUAGAACUCUUGACUCUCUUUGCGGACAAGGGUGUUGCGAUUCAGAAUUUGAAGAUUUCGAAUCACCAUAUUAAGACCGACGAUAUGAUUGAGCAACUCGCCUCACUUCUCCUUCCCAUCGACGCUCUUCUUGCCCACGAAGAUUUCAACCCGCAGACGAAGGCGGACAAAACUAUCAUUUCAUUGUUCCGUAACAUGUGGUUCCUCUGCAUCUUGUUUGGCUUCACUUCCAAUGACGAGGAAGACUCGGCUAUGGAGUGGCAGCGACCCGCUCUCUCCCGCAUCGCUGCCAAGACUCCUGCCACGGUCCUGGAAGAGUCUCAUGACUCGGUUGCAAGCGUCGUCGAAUAUAAUUCGGUGAUAAGACAGGAUUAUGCCCAUACCGCAAGUCUCUUUUUCCAGAUCAUAUCGAAACGUAAAUCGAGUUUAACCACACACAUCUCCCUCCGCGCAAGCGACAUACGAUCGUUGUCGACCGGCCAGAUUAUAUUUUUGCUUACUAUGCAUGACAUGGAAUCUAUGCGUUCAGCUGCCGGAUUAACGUCGUCAUUGGUGUCUUACUUCAUUAACGACAGCUUGAACAAGCAUCCUGGCUUAAGUGCAUGCAUGGAAUCCAUCGCAGAAAAGGUCAUUCGAGGGUGCAUAAGUAGUCUUAAUGUUCAAGCGGCGCAACAAGCACUCCCCGAGUCUUUAUCCACAGAACUCCAAACUCUGUUGAUAUGCAGCACACACAGGAUUGCCAAGGCUCGAGACAUUGCGUCCAAAUUCCUCAACCGCCUUAUCACCUCAUUCCCGUCACUCAUGUGCGACCCACCACUCGUAUUCGCGAUUCUUGAAGUCCUCACGCUUCUUCGGCGUGCUUGCGAGAAUGAAUUCAUCGACGAAUACAACCCGACUUAUGAGUUCCAUUCGGAUCGCACGGGAAUCACACUGCAAUUAACCGACAGCUAUAGUGUUCGCAAUGAGAUCCUCGCACUACUACAUCGAAACGCCAACAGCUGGUUCGAACUGGCUUUGAGUCGGGCACCAGUUGAACUUCAGUCGACGUUGCAAAAGUACCUCUCUGGGAACUCCUCCACUGGGGCGGAAUGGACUGAGCUUGGAGCAUCUGUGGCCGAGCAGUUUGGCAAGUCGAUCGGCCCUGUUCAACGACAACUUGUUUCUCUGUCAACCUUGUCGACCAAAAAGACCGACGGGGCCAAGUCUCUCGCAAGUCAAAUAGCUAGCAAGGGCUAUUUUGCGGGUGAAGCGGCUGGUAUUCGACUUGCAAGUCGUCAAGGUGCUGACCAACUUGAGAAACUGCCUCCACAAGCUGCACCGUCGUCAGAAAUCCAGGCGCUCAAGGCAAAGAUGGCGCGCACAUUUGAGGAGAUUCGAAAUAAAGUUAGCAGUGCGACUGUGCAAGACCUCAAACGCCUGUUAUUCCGCUGUGCUGCUACCCUCAUUUCACUGCCUCAGUGUGAUUUCGAACUUCUUCACUACCUUGUUGCGCUGCCUUUUGAAGUCUCGACCCCAUCAGCAGUGUCUGCUGGAAUUGAGAUCUGGACCUGGACAAUUGCAGAGAAGCCCGACAUCGAAGUUGGCUUGAUGGGAGAGGUGUUAGCAGCGUGGUCCGAUACUAUUCGCCAGGAGAAAGGCAUAUUCUCAACUUCCCUCAACUACGAUGACCCGUUUUACCAUCCAAUCGAAUACAGCCCCACGGACAAGGAAACUAUUGACCGAGAAAUGUCGAAUGCGCGUCGGCUGUUGACUCCACAUGUGCUCGUACUGCAAAUGCUGUUCAGUCGAUUACAAGCAGCAAGGUAUCGGCGACCUGGUGUGAUGUUCCUUAUCCAGCAUCUCAUUCUCCGCUCGGCUCGGGCACACAAACACAUGAGUACCCAUGCAUUAGCUCGCGAACCGCGCUUCUCUUUCCUACUAUUUGGCUUUGAGACACUCAAGAGCUCACAUCUCGACUCUUACUGCGAGAACAUUCUCAGAGAAAACUUGUAUAAGGUCGCAUAUUCAUGGUUCACUGUUCGCCCACAAUGGUCUUUUGGUGCCAAUCGAGUGCAAGUUGAUGCAGACAUUAAGGUCGUCUCGGAAUUCCUCUCCUACCUCCAAACCGACGCCGUCCGUGGCUCAGCGGUCAUCUCCAGUCUGGCUCCCGUGCAAUCAGAAUCAAAGUCAUCACAGUUCACCCUCAAGUUGCGCAGCAUCAACCAUCCGUUGAAGCUCCUCGUAGAAAAUGAGCUCAACCGUCUCUCUGUCUGGGCAAACCCCGUCAACGAUCCAAAGCGGGGUUCUGACCAUGUCGAGAGAGGUCUCUUCGAGGCCUCAUGGGCUACUAUGGUCCGCACGGUCUGGCAGAUUGACCCUGCCAUUGCUGUUCACCUCCCUGAGCGCUUCAAAAGUGCUGUCGUGGUGCGCAACGAGGUCACUAAACUUGUCCGCUCAACAACUCGUGAUGUUCUUGACACACCGGAGGCUAUCCCGUUCCUCCUCGGCGAUCGUCUCGAAGCCGAUGUUCAACGAGACUUGAAGCACCUCCUGCUUUGGGCCCCGGUUCCACCCGUAAUUGCCAAUACUUUCUUUGAACGACGCUUCAAGAACGAUCCACUCGUGCUUCAAUAUGCUCAUCGAGUACUUGAACAACAUCCAGUUGAUCUCACCUUUUUCUUUGUGCCUCAAGUAGUACAGGCCCUUCGUUAUGAUGAUCUCGGCUAUGUGGCUCGGUUCAUAUUCGAGACGGCCAAAAUCUCGCAAUUGUUCUGCCAUCAAAUCAUAUGGAACAUGAAGGCCAACUGCUACAAGGAUGAUGCAGCCGAAAUUGAAGAUCCUAUGAAGCCUGCGCUGGAUCGAAUGACCGACGAAGUUGUUGCUUCUCUUUCUGGUGAAGCUCGCGCGUUCUACGAUCGGGAGUUUGGCUUCUUCAACGAGGUUACGUCGAUUUCUGGCAAGCUCAAGCCGUACAUCAAAAAAACAAAGCCAGAGAAAAAGGCGAAAAUUGACGAAGAAAUGGCGAAGAUCACGGUCGACGUUGGCGUUUAUCUUCCCAGCAAUCCCGAUGGUAUCGUCGUUGACAUCGACAAGAAGUCCGGCCGGCCACUGCAAAGUCAUGCCAAGGCGCCAUUCAUGGCUACUUUCAAAGUGCGCAAGGACAUGAUUGUGGUCAACGAGAACCCUGAAUCGUUGCUUGACGGGAACGACACUGUGAAGACGCGGGUCGAAUACGAUGUUUGGCAGCAGGCGAUCUUCAAAGUCGGCGAUGAUUGUCGGCAGGAUGUUCUUGCGCUCCAAGUCAUUGCCAUGUUCAAGAACAUUUUCGAGAGUGUUGGCUUGACGUUGUACCUGUUCCCUUAUCGUGUUACGGCAACGGCUCCAGGUUGCGGAGUAAUUGACGUGGUUCCGAAUGCGACAUCUCGAGACGAAAUGGGGCGGGCCAAAGUUAACGAUCUACUCGACUUUUUCGUAGCCAAGUAUGGUGGACAAGACACUGUCGCAUUCCAAAGAGCGCGAUUGAACUUCAUCCAGUCGAUGGCUGCGUACUCUGUCGCGUGCUACAUACUCCAGAUCAAAGACCGUCAUAACGGCAAUAUUAUGAUUGACGGAGAAGGGCAUAUAGGAGUAAAAUUCGAGCCGCAUUCUUUCAAGCUUAAUCACGAAAUGGUUCUACUAAUGGGAGGACGAUACUCGCAAGGCUACCAGCUUUUCCAGAACCUCACGGUCAAAGCGUUCCUCGCCAUCCGCCCUCACGCGGAACAGCUCGUCAACACGGUUCAAUUGAUGCUUGACACCGGGCUGCCCUCGUUCAAAGGCGAGCCGACAAUCAAGCGGCUACGGGAUCGGUUUGCGUUGGGCUUGAAUGAGCGGCAGGCGGCGGAGUGGAUGAUGAGCGUCAUCAAGAAUGCGCAUGAGAAUGUCCGCAGUACUGCGUAUGACGAGUUCCAGCGACUCCAGAACGGUAUUCCGUAUAAGUAG